CAGCACGAGCAGCAUUGAUUUAGCUCAGUGACGCAUGGGAGCGGAAAGGAUUUCGGCGGUAACCUUCAAGAGGUCGCGGUUGCAACUACAAAAUGCAUCUAAAGUGCAGUGAGUGAGUGUGACACGAGAAAAGUGACACGAGAAGCAGUUGUCGCUUGUUGUUGACGGGACAGCUGAUGCUGCAGCGCGCCGUCCUCUGCAGGCGUAGAAUCUAGUAGCCUUUAAAAUACAUACCGAACUUGACAAAUCCGCUCGCACGCUGUUUUCCCUUCGCAUCAAGAUGGUCAUCAAGAAGGCACCGACGACGGAUGACGCGUUCAUCGAGAGCAACGUAGUUAAACACUUUUCUCCGCUGGCACGUCAGGUGCUGGCAGCAUCCGGACCCAUCAUCAGCAGCGCAGCAGCUGGCAUGACGAACGGGUUUUCCGCCAUUUUACUGCCACAGCUCCAGCACCCGGACAGCAAACUAUCCAUCACGGAAGAUCAAGCGUCAUGGAUCGCUUCAAUGGCACCCUUACCGAUGGCGCUCGGUUGCAUACUGGGUGGUUUGCUGAUGGAACGCUGCGGCCGCAAGUCGGCUCACCUGCUGCUGAACAUAUCGUUUGCCGUCGGUUGGUGUGCACUGUCCAUGGCCGGCAGCUAUCCACAGAUUCUUGCCGGGCGCUUCAUCACCGGACUGAGCUGCGGGUUGGUUGGCCCGCCUGCCUCGGUGUACAUAGCGGAAACGAGCGAUCCACGCUACCGUGGCAUUCUGCUGGCGGGCGUAACGUUCGCUGUGUCGGGUGGCAUACUGCUGGCGCAUCUGUUCGGGACCUUCUUCCGGUGGCAAACGGCCGCUCUGCUGUGCUCGCUGUUUAUGAUCGUCGCGUACCUGCUGAUGCUUGUUUCGCCGGAAAGUCCGGCAUGGUUGCUGGCCCGGGGUGCCCGUUCCGAGGCGGAAACAUCGUUCCGGUGGUUGCGAGGGUUCGAUCCGGCCAGUCGACAAGAGUUCGACGCGAUGGUAGCGAGAACGGAAAAGAGCGAGAGCAACGAUAAAAGCAUCGAAACGCAACGCGAGGCUUCGAAUGUGAAUCGCUCUCCCUAUAGACGACGGGAAUUUCUUAUGCCACUCGCCACGCUGCUCGUGUUCUUCGCCACGAUGCAGUUUUCGGGCGUGAACAUUGUCGCGUUCUACUCGAUCGCACUGAUGAAGACUACGAUCGGGAGCGAUAAUUUGAACGAGUAUCUCGCGAUGUUGAUCGUGGAUUUGGUGCGCGUCGUAACGUCACUGGUGGCAUGCAUUCUGCUCCGUUCCGUGGGUCGUCGUCCACUGGCGAUGGCAAGCGGCGUCGGUACGACCGUGUCGCUGAUCGGACUGUCGAUCUUCCUGUACUUCCAAACGAGUAUCCCGCUGUACCGGAACUACUCCUGGCUGUCGUUGGUGUUUCUCAUCAGCUACAUCGUGUUCGUCGGCAUUGGUCUGUUUCCACUGCCCUGGUGCAUGACGGGCGAAAUCUUCCCGGUGGCAACGCGAGGCCUUGGUUCGGGGUUAACAUCGUCGUUUAAUUUCGUUUGCUUCUUCGCCGUGAUCAAAACCGGCCCGACACUGUUUGCGACUGUCGGGAUAAAUGGGACGUUCCUGGUGUACGGUGUAAUUUCGUUGCUUGGGACGCUACUGCUGUAUGUCAUACUGCCGGAGACGAAAAACCGUACCUUGCAGGAGAUUGAGGAACAGUUCCGACGUGGACGAAGGAAAGCAAAGGAUGCGGAAGCGGCCACAGUGGAAGGAGGAUCGUCAACAACACCGCCAGCUGGUAUUGCAACAAUCUCUUAAGUGCCCACAUAGUAGUAGUUGAACAUUUUAUGUCAAACAUUUGUUUAUUUCUAGAACUCGUUGUGUUCGAUUGAUGUUAAUUAGUUUUAAAGUAAAUUAGCUUCGAAAUAGCAUUGUUAGAAGUGAUAGAAAUUUACUUAAAAUGUUGUUAUUAAUGAGAUACAAACUAAAGGAAAUACACGUCCACAGACAUGUUGCGCAACAUUUCAUUUGAAUAUUUUGUUCGCGAAUGUAUUGUUGGAUUAGUUAGCGUAAUAUACAUCUUUGUAUUUGAAGUGAUUUAAGGUAUUGCUUGUUGUUAUACUUACCAUAAGAGCAACUGUUAAAUGAACGUAAAUAGAGUACAUGUCUUCAAUCCUUCUCGAAUGCCAUUUUUAUUAUUUCAAUCAAAAAAUCGUUUAUUUAGGAUCAUAAAAUUAAAAACAUAACG